CUAGGCAGCUGACGGCAGGGACGCAGACAUGCGAACCAACCGACUCUGCAACAUGAUGCUCGGGGAGGUGGCAGAGGUUCAAGACGCUUGUUGGCACAUCGAACAGUGAGCAUCGGCACAUCGAAUUGUGAGAGCGUCACCAGCAACGACGAUGGCUCAGCAUAUCCACUGACACGCAACAGGCGUACAAAUGCCCAAGCAAGUAUACAUACAUCUUGCUCCGUAUUGCACACAGUAGUACUCAGGGUGGCAACACCAGAACUGAAAUCCUUACUAUAUAAACCUCAAGUUUGGUGUGUCUGUUUGUCUGUUUGUCGUCUGUUUGUUUGUUUGUCCGUCACAAAAUUCGGUAUCAUCUUUUUCGAGCAUUUGAAUACAUUGCACUUGAAAGUGUUGCUGGCACCAUCGCGUGCUAUAUAA